AUGGGUUCGUACUCCAGCUUUCGUCCUCACUUUAUGUGCAAAGAAAAUAUAGACAAGAAUCUCCAAAAAGAUUUAGAUACAGAAGAAAAUCAAAACGUAAUGGAAACGUUGAGAGGCAAAGUAAGAGCAAAACUAAAAAAUGCUAAGAUUAAUCAAGGUGAAACAUCUUCAACUCACCUACUCAUUGAUGAUAAGAUAUAUCAAUGGCCUAAGGUUAAUCCACAGACUGAAGUCUCCUCAGAUGAAGGCCUUUCGUUUUUCAUGGCAAGUGGUGAAGAAGGCUCAGCUUUGGGCCAGUGUUCAGAGCAGAGAUCAGUAAAUGACAGCUAUCCCAAACACUUUUCACUUGGUGAUAAUUUACAAAAUUUUGCUGAAGGCCAAUAUGAAGACUUUAUGGAGGAAGUCAUUUUUCCAGAUUUACUUGAAAUAAGAGCUGCUGAAUGUGAAGUUGAUCAAGAACAAAUCAGAAAACAACAGGCAAACAUUUUUGUGCCAAGUAGCUCUCCAGUGGCCAACCAGCAUAAACUGCCAAAAGGUAUGAUGCCACGCAUUUUAGAAGAUGAAGGAUUCUAUAUUCAGAGAAAACCAGAAAUCUAUAGAAAGACCUGCAACAAAAUGGAAAAUCGCCUGCUUACCGUAGAAGAGGGGAAGUGUUGGUUUGAAGAAAGUGGAGAAAUAAUGUCAUUACCUUCGCCCAUCAGACAAUUAUGGAAUUUCAGGCUAAACACAAGCAAGGGAUCUUUAAAUCCAGCACUAAAGACCAUAUACAGAAAGGCAGUGAAAUCUGACCUGGAAAGCUCUAUCAGGAACAAAAUGGAAGGUCAAAGGGAAAUGUAUCAAUUAGAUCUCAACAUUGUGGGCUUGCAAUUCAGCCAUCAUCCUCUCUUCAAUCAAGAACAAGUAUUAUGUGCUAGGCUACUUCAACUGUAUGAGUAUUUUCAGGACAGGCAGCAACAGAAUUUACCUCAGCUGCUGUAUGAGAAGCUGAUAGCACUGACAGAUGCUACCAAAUUAGCAAAUGAAAAUUUGGAAAUGAGUCAGCUAACCAAAAAAUCUUUACAAGAUUAUUAUUGGCAGAUAAGGAAUACAAAACAGCUCUAUGAUUUAGAAAGAGGAAAAGAUUUCUCCCUAUUACACAGUAUAUUACAGACUUGGAAACAAAUAAAAUCCCUCCGACAACAGCAAGGGUUUACAAGCACCCCAGUAAAGUUACAGUUCCAAAGGAUAAAAAUGAAGAAAUGUGAUGAGCAAAACCAAGAAGAACUGUUAGAAAUGUCUGAUACUCAGAAGAAAACUGAAGGAAAGGCAUUUAAGAAUGGGGAAAAACAGGAGAGCCUCUCAUAUUUAGCUUCAGAACUUGAAGAAACAGAUAUUGAAAGAAUAAGACCAAUUACCUUGAAGCCACACCUUUCUUUCACUACAGAAUUAACAAACUUAUCCAAGUGUUCAUUGCAUGAACAAAAAAGGAGAACCAAAAUUCAGAAGCUUAAAUAUUUUAUUAAAAUAUUAUACAACGAUAAACAGGUUUCCUGCACUUCUGUAUCUCCCUUACAGUUUGAUUUUAAAGUCAUGUUUCAGCAAAUUUUCAAUAUUCAGUUAAUAUAUUGGCCAGAAACAAUUUGCUUGGAGGUUUAUGAAGUAAGUCAAAAGACAAGCUUACUGGCAAAACUGUAUUUACCAUUACCUAACAACACAGAGCUGAAAAGCAAAACUGUUUUGGAAUAUGUAGAGUUUAGCUCUGAUGAGCUGGUCACACCUGCGUAUGGAGAAGUAGGAAGCAAUGUGCCUUUUCUUCUUGAGGGAAAUGGAACUGAAGAACUUUGUCUUUUGACAUCAGGAAAACUAAGCUACUGUCUAUCAUGGGCUUUAGAUGAAAAUGGUGUUCCUCUGACACCCAUGUCACAGUCCUUAAGAUCUGCUUACUGCAGUGUGUUAAGGAAUGUAGAUGCAAGAGGCGUUCCUGGAAUUCCAUGGCUCAUUAAUGCACAGAAGCUUUUUGAAUGGGCAAAUGAAGUAAAAAUUGAUCCAAAUAAUCCAGAAUAUUCUGAUUUAAUGGAAUUUAUCCUGUACAUGAAACAUAAAGGACAGGAUAUUCCAAAGUAUUUUCGUCUUGAACAGUUGCAAGAUGAAUUUAACUUUGUCUCUGAAGAGGAAAUGAAAAAGAGUAAACGUUUCCAGCUAUUACAACUUAGAAAUGCAGGUCAAUUAGACAUUUUCCUUCUGCAACAAAUACCCCUCUAUGAUAAAGAGAUUCCAGAUUUUCUCUUCCAGGAAUAUGAAACUCAGAUAGAGAAGGAUCUCUCCAUUUCAGAUGUCAAUUCUAUUACUGCACAAAGGAUUACUUCUGCCAAUUUUCUGAAAAAGAUGAGAAAGUUGAUAAUGAAAAGAAUUGUCCAAGUUAGCAAAUUAAACUUAUCAGAUGUUGUGGCUGAUUAUGAAGAAAUUGUAUCUGCAAGCCAGUUGACACAUGCAGUUUGUAAGCUUGUUGAACGACAAAGAAAGUUAAAGCCUAAGAGGAAAGAAAGGAAGAAGGUGGCCCCACAGACUAUCUGUGAUGGAGAUAUUAAGAUUCUUGUUAGAAUACUGCAGGCUUACAAUAUUCCUACCAGGAACACAACAGUUAAUAGAGACUUGGAUCUGCCUACUUAUCUGAUAUCAUCCGUAUCUCGCCUCAGACAUAAGGAAACAGUCAAAUCAGUAUCUUCAGAUGAGAUCUUAAAUGAGGGUACUAUACACCCUUUUGUGGAAGUUUCCUUUCAACACACUGUAUACCGAACCAGUACUGCAAGUGGAUCUCAUCCAUGCUGGAACGAAGAAAUUAAAGUAGAUUUUAUAUCACCAGGACAUGAUUAUAGCUUCUCAAGCUUAUCUAAAAUAAAAGAUAAUAUAUAUAUCAACAUUUUUGAUGAAAUGAUUAUUGAAAAACAUGAGGAUCCCUAUUUCAAGAGCUGCAGUAGUCAUUCACAUAUAAGAAAGAAUUGGCUUGGGUCCAUUGUCUUCCCUUUCUCUGCUCUUCUGCAACAAUCUGAGAUUAGUGGAACAUUUCAAGUAAAUACUCCACCAGUUUUGCUUGGGUAUACUUGGAGUAAGACUUAUGUGUCUCCUAAAGAAGAUUAUUGUGGGCAGAAUUUAAAAGAAUGUACUUUCUUAAAUAUUUUUGCUACCAUUGAACCUCAAAUAUCAUAUGUCACCUGUAAUCCAGAACUAGACAAGUUUUCAGAUCACACAGAUGUUUUCGAGAGAGCGCAGACUUUUAAACAAAGUUGUAAGGCGAUAUUUCCCAACCGAAGAAUCACAACUACUGUCUUUGAUGGUGAAGGGAAACAGAUCUUAGUAACAAGAUAUAUCAAGGCAUUAAAUCCACCUCAGCAACUCCUGGAUAUAUUUCUUCAUGAUUCUAAUGCAACACUUGACCUCAUCGCUCGCUUUGUAUCUUUGAUUCCUAUUGUGCCUGAUAUUCUGGAUAAAAAUGAUGGUUUUGAUAUAUGGAUGACAUCAGAGCGCUGCAUUAGUUUGGCUAUUGGGAAUAAGGAAGAACAUGCCAUACUACUCUGUAAUUUCUUUCUGUACUUUGGAAAGAAAGCUUUGGUCCUCCUGGGCACCUCAAUAUUGGAAGGGCAAGUGGCUUAUGUAUUAACUCAAGAAACUGAUGAAUAUUUGCUUUGGAAUCCAUUAACUGGGCAAUGUCAUAAGCAGUUUGACCCAUUUUGUCCCUUACAAAGCGUGGACUGUUUGUUUGAUGAUGGAAAUGUCUGGUUUAAUAUUCAACAAAAUAAUACACCAAUGGCUGUAUAUUUUGACUAUUCAAAAGAAAGUUUCUGGAAACAGUUGCUUCCCAAAAAUGUCCAAGGGACAAAAGCACAAAGCAUACAGCCUGAGGAAAUAGUUUAUUGUGAGACUAAUAAAAGCAUGAUCGAAGAUCUAAAGAACAGGAUUGAAAGGACUCUGAAAUGUAAAAUGAUGGAAUGGCGACCUAAACAGCCAACACGUUGGAAUCGACAAUGUACUUAUAUUUUGCGAAACAUCCUUCCUAAACUAGAACUUGGCACUGGAAGCUUCGUGUCAUCUGAAGAAGAGAGUGAAUUUGAAAGACUACUACAAUUGUAUUGGGUCACAGGAUUUCCUAUCCAGAUGCCAUACACUGAUAUACAAUCAAUUAUCGACGCUGUGUAUCAAACUGGAAUUCACUCUUCUGAAUUUCCCCAGACAGAAUUUGCUCUAGCUGUAUACAUUCACCCAUACCCAAACAACGUAUUAUCUGUAUGGGUCUACUUGGCUUCCUUAGCUCGACAUCAGUGAAAAGGAAGAAGGGAAAAGGAAAAAAUAUACAUAUAUGUAUAUGCUGUGGGGCGCUCGCCCAAAACAAUCCAGUACUUCAGAUUUUGCUACUUAUCCUCAAGUCCAGUCAAAUGUGAGCCCGAUUUUUGGUUCUUUUACGGAGUUGGGCACCAUGGAGACUCACUCCCUGAACCUUUGAGAAUGAGUCUAGAUGACCACCCAACCUCUUCAAGGAGAACACUUCAGGCAGCCUGGUGGCCUUGGGUCACUGUCUAUAGUAGGUCUUAUUAUGGGAAAGAAGCAAUUCUGGCCCCUCCCUUUUAAGCCAAUAUUACUCAAAUUGUAGGCCUCAGACCACCUCAAUUGAAUCACCUGGAGAGCCUUGAAAAUGCAAAUUCCCACACCCCCUAAGACCUACUGAAUCGAAUCCUUUGGGAGUUGAGCUCCAGAACAUUAUUUUAAACAAGCUCCCUAGAUAAUUUUGACGGCCUGUCAAGAGUGAAAACCCUGCGUUAUAGAAUGUUGUCAUUACCAAAUGAGGCUGGUACUUUUGGCGCUGGUUCUGAUGUAAUUCCAGAUAGAAGGUAUUCAAGUACAAACUCAAGGUCAUUGCCCCUCCAAAGAUUAUUUCACUGCUUAAGAGUAAAGGAAAAAUCUGCCACAUUGGGCUGAGGGCUGAGGUCAGCUUCUGGGAUCUCCUAAAAUUUUUCACUUGUGAUGCUACUGACCUGAAGAUCUUUCAGCUCCUAGUAUUUGGAAAGGCUUCCCAAGAAACUCUAAUAUGCUUUCCUGAUUCUGUGAGAAAGGGAGAAACUGGUCUUACCAAAUCUCAGGGCUCCUUUUUUUCCAUAGGGAGCAGCCCACCAUUCUGCCUCUGGCUCUUUUCUGCUACUUUCCUUUCCCAAUAGUGGCUCCAAGGAGGCCCAUCUAGACCCUACGAGCCUUAAGAGAGAGUGGAUAGGGAUCUAAGUCAGAAGCACUGUACUUUCUUCUAUUUGAUUGUUCUGAGCUCCGCUGAGAAAAGUAUU